AGAAACUAACAAGCAAGAUUAGUAAUUUUGCGGCAUAUUUGAUGAUUGUCAACUCGAAACGAAAUUUUGUUGUCUUCCUGACAGACAGCAGCGCCAAUCAAGUGGCCCAAGUUGGAAGCAAAUAUGGUGGAUCGGUGCUAAUCUUUUGUGUUGAUUUUGGUUACGAGAAGGGAUUAUUAACUGAAACACAUCAGUUUCGUGUUGUGCAGCGGGACAUUUGUGUUUCCAAAAAAUACUCGGGAAAUUGGAUCCUAAUCAGAAAGCAAAGAUCAAUAUGGGCUGAAGGUGACGAUGGGCCCGACGGCAUUUCCCUAACUGGUGGAGAAGGAGGAGGAGGUGGUGGAGUAGCUACACCAUUCCAGCCUCAGUGAUGGUGAUGGACGUGGAAGACAAGAUACAGUCAUAUAUAGACAUCCAUGAGACACAUAAGCUCAAAGCAGCAGACCAUUGCUCUAUUCCGCAAGCAUGAGAAUCUGCAAGGGCUGGCUGUGGGUAGCCGCAAACAGGGGGGACCCACGCUGUCAGCCCCAUGUAGCGUAGCAUCUGGCAUGGAGGCAGUCGCCGAUUCAUCUGCUGAGGCGCUGAGUCACCAGCGCAUCUCACACAGCAAGAAGGUGAUAAAACACGCUCUUCGCCAGCAGGCUCGCCGCCGUCGCAAGAAUACCACCAUUGCCGCGGGAAACUCAGCACCACUGCCGCGCAUUGUCGUGAAGUCGCUUUCGCCACCAGCAGCGCAGAGCCACCUAGGGCCGUCGCAGCAGCAUGUUGCCGCUUCCACUGUGACCAACGAAGAUCAUGAUUCUGGGGUUACAUCUGGGAGCAGUGCUGAAGCUGCAGCGGGAACUAAACCUUCAACUAUGCGGGAAGUACUGGCUUCCAUUCCUGGGUUCUCUCUGAAACAGCAGCCAGUGAGAAAGCGAUCAGCUAAGCGAUUAAGUGCAGCUGCUCAGUUGGAACAAACAAAAGCUGGUCGCAUUGAUUUGGAAACCCCUGACUCAAUAUUGGUGAAUACAAACCUGCGUGCACUCCUCAACAAACAUACAUUUGAAAUGCUGUUGCACAGCAACCUGACAACUCCAUAAGACUCAAUACUUCUGGACUUAAUAAUGAAUUCUUUGCAAGAGCGUGUCUAGAAUGGACAGAAAGAUUAGCGGAAGGUGAAUUUACACCAGAGAACCAACAAAGGUUAAAGGCUGAAGCAGAGAAGGAAAUGAGCCGUUUAGACCCUUGGAAACUGAAGCACUUUGAACCGAUCUGGGGUGAGAAGCCGGAGCCUGUUGUGGAAGCAACCCCUCUCCUCCUGCCUGGUCCUGCAAGGCCAUCGCUCAAGACUACAAUAAAAUUGCGACGUCAUAACAAGUCUACUGUAAGUGUGCCGAACUUUGCUCGAAGGCCCCGGACUGUGGGCGCUGUGACCCGAGCGGUUGCCAGUUUCCGAGAACGGGAAGCAGCUGCAGGAGGGGGUGGGGAUCUCGAAGAGUCAUGCGGAGCUGAAAAACGUGCUGCUGAAGAAACCCUUGAGGAUGAUCCUGCUCUGAAGAAGCUGAAGCAAAUUGGUGAAGAACUACCAGAUGGUGCUACUUUGGAGCUCACCAUAGGACAUGAUCUCCAAGCAGAUGAAUCAGAACUGGAACCAGAACCGGAGACUGAACUGGACCAAGCUGAUACUGAACCUGAUCUUGAACUUCAGGAGGAAGAGUUUGAACAUCUGUCCAAACACGAACUUCAUUUGGAACUGGAACUGGAACCUGGAGUUGAAGCAGACUCAGAAGCUGAACUUGAUGAAGAACUUGGGACAGAACUCGAUGAUGUCCUUGAGGUGGAGUCAGAAUCAAAAGUUGAACCUAAACCCGAACCUGAACUUGAAGCAGAAAGCGAGUCUGAAGACGAGCAAGAAUGCAAAAGCCAACCAGAUCUUGAGUUGCAAUUGCCGAACUCAUUACUGCAACCAGAGUUACAGCCUACAUUUCAACCUGAGUUCAAAUCUGAGACUGAUCCAGAACCAGAACCCGAGCCCAAACCGGAGCCAGAGGUCGAGAGCCAGUCCAAGCACGAGCCCAAGCACGAGCCCAAGCACGAGCCCCUGCCCGAGUCCCAGCUCCAGCCCCAGCCCCAGCCCCAGCCCCAGCUCGAGCCGGAACUUGAGCUACAACUCAAAGUUGAACCUGAGUUUGAGUUUGUUCAUGUGCCUGAGGGAAAGCCUAAACCUGUGUUGGAGGCAAAGCUGGAUGAGUUCGAGUUUGUUCACGUGCCUCACGAAACACCCGAAUCUGCAUCGGAUGCAAAACUGGAAUUUGAACCAGCGUCCAUAGCAAAUGAACAAGAUCAGCCCAAGCAUGAGCUUGUGUGUGAAACUACCUGUGAUGAAACUGAGAUGCAGCAAGUGAACGAAGAAAAUGAAUUAGUGAAUCCUUGUGAUGAAACAGACUUGGAGGAACAGUGUGGUGGAACAGAACCUUCAGUGCUUAGAGUUGUUGCAGAGUGUGAAGUUUUAUCUGAACGAGAAAAUAGUUUGACAGAUACAAGAUCUGACAGUCCUGAGCUUGUAACUGAUUGUGAACAACAUUUAUUAGAAGAAACUUGUAGUUCCGCUGAAAACCUUCCAGAAACAGGGACUGAGACAGUACACACUAAUGUAGGAAGUGAUCAAAAUGUUGAGUUAGGGAAUGAUAGAGUGAAAGAGGAAGAAAUCGAGUCAACUGUGACAGUGGACCAUUCUUCUGCUAUUGUGCAGAAUCAGUGUUCGGAUAUUGACAAUGGUAUGUGUUCUGUUGACUUGGAUGCUAGUGGUACCUCUGUGAGUAGGGAAACAGAAAUUGUAGGUGUACAGUGUGAAGCACAAACUACCCAGGAAGAUCUUGUAUCAGGCUCUGAGAAUGUAGCUCUCAAGUCUGAAGCGUGUGAACCUGAGGAGACGGCAAUGGAUGUUGAAGAAGGUGAAAUAGGACUUGUUCGUGAGAUAAGUGUCGUCUUAGCUACAUCGGACUAUGUAUCAGAAGAACACUCGUCAUAUAGUGCUUCAUCUGAAAUUUGCUUAGAGAAUGAAGGUAAAUCUGAAAGUCAAAGGGCAAGUAUUACUGAGGAUUCUAAGCAAGGAGAAGAGGAAGAUGAAGAGGAAGAAGAGGAUGAAGAAGAGGAAGAGGAUGAUGAAGAGACACAAGCCACAGAUACUUUAUUUGAUGAUUGUGUCUGGGAUGCCGUUGCUGAUUCCAGCACUGAAAAGCUGCUUGAUGAGGUACCCCUGCAUGUUGCCUUGGAGGCUGUGCCAGUGGCAGUACCAGUUACAUUAACAAUGGUGGAACCUGAGCCAGCUUCGUCUGGGGUGGAUGAGCCAGCAGUUGAAGUGAUUCCAAUGCAGGAAGAGCUGGAGGUGCGAUUAGAGGAAGGGAAUUUCUUGGCACCACCCACAAGUGAUGCUCUGGCAGCGUUGGCUUCCUCUGCGGACUGGCCGUAUUCCGCAGGGGUGGGAGUUGCAGCGGGGGCAGUGGGAGGAGGAGAUGGAGAGCAAUCUAAUGCAAAUAAGGGGGUUGCUGCAUCCUUCCAGGAAUUCCCUAGCAGUCAGGCCGUCAAACUCGAACUGGAAGUUACACUAACUCCUGAGGCAGUGACCAGCGCUGACAGCCUUGUGACCAGCACUGUAGGAAGUGGAAUCACCAGCACAUCCUCGAAUCCUGGCUGUGCAGCUCCUGUUGUUACUAAGACCAGUGUUACCACAGUAAUUCCUCCCACCACCAUAGUGUGUUUACCAUCUGUGGCAUCGACUCUAAACCAUCCACAGACACCUGUGUCUAUAGGGCAAUCGUUAUGCCCUCCAGUUGUCACGUCUAGUAUGGUGGCCACUCCACCUCCUCCUCUGAAGACUGGCACUGCCGUUGCCAGCAGCAGUGCUGUACCGUACUUGGCCCUGACAAGCACCACACCUGUGCGUGCCUUGACUGCAGCUCCUGCCACACAACCAUCAACAGUUCCCUCUUCACAAUCCAACAAGACUUCUAGCAAGAGUAAAGGGAGGGAUUCUCAGGCCGGAUCUGGGCGAAGUGGAAGAGGUUCAAACAAACCACCACCUGGUGCCGUUAAUUUGGAACGAAGCUAUCAGAUUUGCCAGGCUGUGAUCCAGAACAGCCCCAACCGUGAUCAGCUGCGUUGUCAGUUGAAACCACCACCUUCUUUACUUGCGGCAGCUGGUGCAACUGCUAGCUCAACUUCCAGCAAGAAGUCGGAGAACAAGUCAACUCAUAAUUCAGCUACCCAACAUGGUGCUGUGUCUUCAUCUCGCAAACCUUUUACUCCGCCUCUGACAUCAGCUACUCAGACAGCAGGCUUUAGUACUAGUGGCCACAUGAAACAAAGUGUGGGAACUGCAAACAAAACUGGUGCUCGCCUUAGCAAUGUGUACCCUCCGCAGAGACAGCAAUCCCCUCCUGUAGUAGUGCGACAUGUCUUUACAUCUUCACAGGGCAUUCCAGUUACAAUGGCGGUUUUGCCUCAAUCUCAACCUGCUCCUCAGACAUCAGCAUUACCAGAGGUCUUGGAACAGCAAAGUGCGCAGAUAGGCCAUGUAGGACAGUACAUCCUUGUGCAACGCACUGGUGUUGGUGAUGUGCCUGGGGAUCCCACAGUUCAAGCUGUUGUUAAUGUGAAUGGUGCAGGACGACGAACGGGUGCUCCACCACGAGCUUCAAGUGCGCCACCUGCCAACAAUACAUUGAUGACAGCAGCAGGCUUGGGCCGAGGCCGAGGUCGGCCUGCGAGUGCAGAUGUGGAGCAGCAAGGUUCAGAAGCACCUGCAAACAUGCGGGCUACUGCUCCUAAUCAUGUGGCUGCAACUGCACGUUCUGACUGUGCUUGUAAUUUAAAAGCAAUGAUAAUGUGCAAGAAAUGUGGUGCUUUUUGUCAUGAUGAUUGCAUAGGUCCAUCGCGCCUGUGUGUCACCUGUUUGAUCCGGUGAACAGUGUGCCCUUCUCUUAGACACUCGUAUGUCAUGACUCUUGUGUACAGUACAGUACUUAUAUGUGCAACAGCAGGGCCUCCUGGAACUGCAAGUGUAUCUAUACUUGUUGCAGAUGCCUUCUGUAAUGUGUGUGAGAAUGGCAAGACUGGACGUUGUGUUGUCUUCCACCUCCUUCCUACUCCUUGCUCAAUGUCCUGUGCUUGUUUGAGGAGGCUCACACCCCUGUUGCUUCCUUUAGUCCAGAUCAUUUCUGGUUGUUUCUUUACUCGAGUACAGAUCUGGAUGAAUGCUGAAUUCAUUGCCUCCUGCAUUGCAGCUGAUCUUGUUUUUCUGUAGCUUUUCUCAAUUGAGACAGACAUGCCAUAGCUCACGAUGUCACAAAUACUUUGUUUCUCAAUAGCGAUAGUCUCUAACGUGCCUCUUAGCAUGACUUUAGAGGUAGAUCCUUUGAUCAUCUGCCCUGAAGUUAGGGUUGUGAAAACUCUCCAGUUUGUACUUGAAUAAAGGCAUUUCCCAACCUCAUAUGCAUGUAUCAUUCUUUUAUCAGGACAAAUAGUGAAAAUGUCUAUACUAAUAUAGAUCCAUUCAGCUUAUGGUAGAUUUUGUGCGAAUGAGAGAUCACACAGAGUAUGAAUGAUCAGCUUGUUAUUCUAUACUGCUGAAUAGCUAUAUUUAAGUGUGAUAUUUUACAUAAUUUUGUUAUGCUAAAAGGGUACUAUGAUGAUAAGUCAAAGAAGGCACAUUGUAUUCUGUAAAUACAUAUGUGAAUGAAAAUUUUUUUUUUUUUGGAAAUGAGCAGUAUUUUUAUUGUGGAAUUCAUAAUUUGUUUUUAUGUAAUUAAUAUGAGCAUUGUCAACGCAUUAUUAUCUUGACCAAUACAAGAUCACUUUUGAAUAUUUGGGCUGAUUUGCAGGAAUAUGUAUAUCAGGCAUUUUGUACUCUGGAAAGCUGCAGUAAAACUUACAUUUCCCUUUUGUCGUAUUUAUCGCGUGUGGCCUCUGACAUUUGCGUAUGAACUGCCUCAGAUGCAAUCUACCUCAGAAAUCGAUCCUUUUGAUUCUCUGUAACGUCAGUGAUCUGAAUGAACUACUGAACUAUGUGAAAAGAUGCAGCGAGGGCUCAGCAUUUACGUAGGCUUGAAUCUCAUUUCUGUACUGUCAUAAGUAUCUUGGUGUAUAGAACUUGUACAUAAUUAUUUCAUGCAGGUGUAAUAUUGCUUAUUAUUGUAUGUUAAGCUAAUAUGUAAAUCACGUUUAGUGAUAUAAAUGACAGGAUACUCUGGGAAAUGUGUAGAUGUGGUUUUCAGCAUGUGUGACAAAUUUUCAAACUUAUGUGAAUACACUCAGCAUGUAAAAUGAAUGUAAUAUGACAAUUGCAUUUAACAUUUUAUGUAAAAUACGUGGAACCGACUUGAGAUUUUUCAAGACUUUGUUUUGCAUUUAGUGAUACAAGAAUGGAAAAUGGAUAGCCUUCUUGAAAUUCCUUAUGGUGUUGGUGCAAUUAUGUCUGAAAUGUAUGAUCAGCUUUACUGAUGCCUUUUAGCCAUGGCUAACUAGGUGCAACACAAUGGUUGGACCUUAUUGCACUGACAUUGAUUGGAUAUUAGUAGCUAUUUUGCUUUGGAGCCCUUUGUACUGGUAAUUUUUAAUAUAAAGGUAAAAUGUAUUGAAAAAAAAAAAAGACUUAAUUUAUUACUGAUAUUUAAAACCAAUAACUUAUUCAUUUCGGAGUUAGUGCUCCCAAGGCAGGUAAAUUUCUGGUAAGUGAAUAUUUUGCAUAGAUUGCUGUUAAAUCAAUGCAAUUUUUACAAAAUGAAAACUAUUUUAUAUUUUUCUGCUUUUAAGAUGUAAAAGUGCUUUCUUAUGAAAAUAUGAGUAUGCUGCAUGCCCCUCAAUUAUUUUCUUUUUGUUAAUCUCUUUUUACAUCUUGAAAUUCAUUAUUUACAGUGUUUUAUAUUGUCUAUGUGCAUUGUCAAAGUUAAUUAUGUUGAAAAUAGAUAUAUCAGUGUACAUACUGUUUAUAUAGGGUCUAGAUUCUGCUGUUGCAUCAGUAUUUUAUAAAUAACUUUACACAUAUUUCUCUUAUUCAUUAUUUCUUGUAGUAACCAAAAUAGCUUGUCAUGCAUGUUUGAAAUGCAUUUUUUAUUUUUUACCUGCCAUUAUAAUGGAUAUAUUUUUUCUCUUCAAUAUUAAUAGCAUUGAAGAAAUGCAUGUUCACACCCCACAUCCUAAGAGGUCUGAAUCCAGAUGAUUUCCCUUGUGUUGCCUACCCUACAAAAUAAUUA